AUGAAGCAGGCGGCAGUCCAUGCGAAGGCCGAAUACUUCAAUUCUAAACCCGGGCAUUCGGCUCGGAAGGAGGAGUCGGCAACCAAAAGUUAUCCGGGUCGGACCGACGACUCGUCGGCAGGACACAAACGGAAGGACGACCGUGACAGACGUCACGGAAACUCAAAGAAAGGUCGUAGCGACCACUGGGCGCCCCUACCGAAUCACGACCGUGCUCAGGAAGUCUUCACCCUGCUGAACACAACCUACGAGACCGUUCUAAUGAACGAACACGACCAGAUCCCAAAGCCAACCAACCGAAAGCCCGGUCGGCAGGAUAAUCGGGACACUGGCAAAUUCUGCCGAUACCACCAGCAGAACAGCCACAAUACCGAAGACUGCAUUAGUCUGAGAAAAAUUGUCGAGCGUUUGAUUCGGGAAGGAAAGUUGGAUCAGUACCUCGCGAGGCCACCGCAGGCCCCGGCACCGAAUGCGAAUCGGCAGAUCAACAUGAUCAACACGAUCAGCGGCGGCCCCACUCUGGCAGGACCAUCUAACCGUUCGAUGAAGCAGUAUGUGCGUGCCGCCCACUGCCCUCAGGUCUUCGGCAUAGAGGACGAUCGGUGCCGAAAGUUGCCGAAGGUGGGAUGA